AUGGCGGUGUCGAUCCCGACUACUCUGAUCCGGGAAAUUCAGAGUCGGCUCCGUGCGGGAGCCGGAGUGCCGAGCUACGAUCCCGCCGAUCCUGCGCUUCGCCGUCUCCCUGCGGCUGAAGAGGCGAUCUCAGGGCUCGAUACUUCCGGGCCUCCGCGCCCGCAUUGCAUCUCCUUCAACACCACUGUAGGAUACCGGAGGCUCCUGCAAUCUCUCGGUCUUGAUGGCUCAGUGAGUUAUCUCGUCUAUCCUACGGUGGCCGUGUUGUUCGUUAUUUGCAUCGGGGUUUAAAUGUCUUCAAUGCUUGCUUUAGGAGGGAUCUUGUGAUUACAGGAAAAGAGAUUUCGAUGUGAUGGGAAAAUGGGAAUCGUCAUCUUUUCCGCUGUUGAAUAACUCGAGUGAAGACAAAUGUUGGCUUCAAUUUAGAUGUUAGCAAGGGGAAGGGAACCUAGAUUUUUUCGUCAAGGAAUGUGCAGCGAUGAUUGUGGCUUAAUAAUCUUGUUCUUUGUGCUUAUGUCUCCCAACUAAUUCAGUUCAAGAACAAUGAAUGACGAUGGGGCUUAAGUAUGUAUCGCAUUUAUUCUCUAUUCCGACUCGGAUUAGAUAGUUACUGGAGUAAUAAAUUCUAAGGCAUAGUUAGAAAUAUUUUAAUGCGGUGCACCGGAUGUUUACUAGUGGACUAUGUACCUGGUAUAUGCUAAAGCCAGACGGAGGGGAUGGGGUUUGACAAAUUGUUUUUUCUUUUUCGCAGGAGGUUGUCUUGACAAACACAAAAUCAAAAGACUCGAUAAAAGACCAGGGUAUGGAGGGUGACUUGGCUUUAUCUGAUUAUCUAAACAUAGAGUUAAGGUGUCAUUUUGAAGGAGUGGAAAACCAAGGGAGCAAUUCAAACAAUGAACGACCACAGAGUGCUUAUGCUUUGAACUUGUCAGGGAUUGAUCUUGAUAACUAUUUUUCUGAUGCCAAAAAGGAGACGGCUUCCGAUGUUCAUAUUGGGGCUAAUGAAAUGUCAUUCUCAGAGAAAGAGGCGGAUUUGGAAAAUGUUGACUUGUUUGAAAACCUUCGUUCAUUUGAGAAAUCUGUGUAUCCUGUGGAAACUAAACAAAGUGAAUUUGUCGACUCUUUCGCUGCUUGGGACGUCGAAUUCCCAUCCGCCAGCGCUCAUGUUUCUGCUGCAGAUCCCAGUUCAAGGGACUUUUUCCAAGAAUAUUUUCCCCAGAAAUUCACUGGUCCUACAGCAGGAGAACAGCUGAGUAUAGAAUCUGGAUCAAAUUUAGAAGGAAACACUUCUGAAGUCUCAAAGAGUUCCAGUCAGCUUCAUUACGCAAGUGACGCUUGGCCUCUGGAUGAUCUGUGGCAUUCUACUGGUUCAGUGGCGGCAUCUAACGCGGCUGAGCAAUUCAGAAGUUCAGACAUCCUUGACGAGGGUGAUUUGAAGCCUCCCAUGGCUCAGGACCCUGCUCAAGAUGAUCUAUGGCCCACAAGCAGUUCAAGCAUAUCAGACCCCGCAAAGUUGCAAACAAAUGAUGAUCCAUAUGAUGAUUGGCAAGAUUUUACUGGCUCCAGAAAUGCCGCGGAUUCUUCUUCCAGUCAGUGGCCACAAGCUGGUUCUGAAGUGACAUUUUCAAAAGAGGAUAAGUCAGGAGUUUCAUUAGUGAGCACUACCGAUAAGUUGGAAGACAUGGACUUUGGUAGCUUUUUCCAGUCAGACGUGAUACCUGGGUUAGGAAAGUUCGGUGAAGAUUCAAGUCAACUGAGUGCAAUUCAGUCACAAGCAUUAGUCUCUGGCAGGUACGGGCAAAUGGAUGGUUUUAUUUCUUAGAAAAAAAAUUAUCAGCAUUUAUUGAGUAUUUAUGAUGUGCUUUCUUUAAUCACUUGGUAAUAUCAGCUUCUUUAAUCUAGAGGAUGGUAGCCAGUGGAUCGACGGUUCCCGUAUUAUAUGCAUCAAUUAAGCUAUCCACGUAUCUUUUUUCUCUUUUCUGAGAAAAGAAGAAGAAGUAAGAUUUACCAAGGUUUAAGGAUUUUAGCAGCGUCUUCUGACCCAUUUUGGGGAAGAUAAAUGCAACAUCCUACUUUAUUCUCGGACUUAAUUCUAUGCUUGUUGCUGCUAACGAUAAGAUAUUCAUCAGUUCUGACACGUCUAUCUUGAUCCCAUGUUCUCUGUGGGGAUUUCCCCUGUCCCUCUGAUGAUCUUCGCUCUACCUGUAGGACGAAUGGCUGGGAGGAGACGAAGAUGGUGGCAUCAUCUCCCAUGGUACCUCCAGGGGAUACCAAGGCCAUUGUCGAGGCGCUGUUGUCUCAGAUGCCCGAUCUCUCCUUCAUGCUGGAGGACGGCCUCUCCAUUCCUGGCAAGCCUCGGCCUUCUGAUCCAGCUCCAUGA